AUGCGUCCAAGACAGCUGGGUAAUAAUUCUACUAUUCAAUAUGGCGGACACAGAAACCAUUUCACUGUCGAAAAUAUUGAAAAAUUCAAAAAUAUUAGUGAAUGUUGAGGAAGCUCUGCAAGACAUACUAGUAGUUUCCUUCGUUUAUGAAACUAAGUUAUAUCAAGGCGUAUUGCUGGAUUCAACGAAAAAACAGCUUCCAUGUGGUGUAAAUAUUCCGGUAUCUGGGAGUGCAUGUGAUGAGGACAAGCUUUUUAGCUUGAGCCAACGCUUCACAUACUUCCAGGAAAAGGCAACUCCACCUGCAGCAUUCCAUCAUGUACGGAGACCUGUACGACCUCCUGCUCGUCACAAAAACUCUCGAAUGACUGUCCGAUUGCGGCCACGGCAAGUUCUUUGUUCGAAGUGUCGGUCUAUCUGCAACGAGAACUCAGAAAAUGUAGAUUUAUCAGGGGGAAAGCACUCUACGGGUGUUGGCACAGAACGGACAGGAGGAGACCCACCAUCGAGGAGUCCACGACCUCUGUUCUCAGAAAACCAAAGGGACAACCAACCCAAGGUGAUGACUUCAGCUCCAUCCGAGUCUCCAAAACAACAGUUUCCUCCACUGGUGGCACGACUGGGUGAAGGCAACAACAAAAUCAAGCUGGGUGGCUAUUGGGUGAGCAGUAGACCACCAUCGGGGAAUGAUAAAGGUAACACUGAGGCAUCAAGUGAUGGUGGUGGGGCCAUGUACUGCCUCUCCCUUAUGGACCGUGAAUCGUCAGCAACAAUUCCACCACUGCCACCACCAUCGCUGCCGCUGCCACCACCUCCGCCACCAUUGCCGCCGCCGCCGCCACCGCCACCACCUCCACUGUCUUCAGCCAGUGCACUUUCCAGUGCACAUCCGAGUGAUGGUGAUGCAACAGAUUCCAACAGUGACGACUCAGAAACGGACGAUACUGAUGCUCGUAUGGUACUUCGCAAGAAGCGCAGUGUCGGUUCGAUGGAAGACUUGUGGGAUGAGAGUGUAUUUGAGGAUCGUCUGAAGCGAGCACGCACUGACGCUGAAAAAAGAGUGGCAGCAGCUGCUGCGGUUGCUGCUGUUGCAGCAUCUGCAGCAGUAACUGUGAAUACUAAUGCAGUUGUUAGUAACAGUACGCGUACUACGCCAGUAAUAAAAAUUUCAUUUGGUGGUUCCAGUGGUGAGGGUACUGUGUUGAAAAUUCCAGCCAAAGUGCAAGGUUAUACAGCUCCUAGUGAAAGUGAGACCGAGACAGAUUUGGUAGCAAAACAAGAAUCCGCUGGAGUUUGUGAUAGUGAUAGUGGGGAAUGUAGUAGAUUUGUCGGAAGUAUUGUAUCGACAGGUCAAGCAUUAGGCACCAAGGCAGCAAGACGAGCACUUCGCAAGGCAAAACGUGAGGCACGACGCAAAGUUCUGCCGCAACCACCUAUUUGUACUCCUGGUCCAGAAAACCCCUCUCCACAAACAGCUUGUGACGCCACGGUUACUCUGUAUCGUCGCAAGCAUAAACAUAAGGUGAAACACAAGAAAAAGCACAAAGAAGAUCGUAACAGGCACAACAAGGAUGAAACGGCAGCAGACAAUGUAGGAGGAAUGCCGGGUGAUGAUGACAGGAGACAAGACAACUCGUACAGCGCUAUCAAGGAACGGUGUCUGAAGCAGAAGCUGUCCAUCAGUUUAAAGAGGCUCAACGCAAAUGCAUACACACGUUGUGACUAUCCUGCAAUGGACACAGAUGGCAGUGGUGCGAAGAGUCCAGCAGGUAGCUGUACCAAUUCAGAAACGUCCGAUGAUAUGACAGAUUUUCCUCCACCAGGAGUUGGUACCGUCACCAGUGCUAGUUCUUCUCAGCCUCUCACAAUGCGCAUCUCAACACAUACUGUACCUUCGUGCCUUACCAGUGAUGGUCGCAAGAUGGCUGUAGGAGAUGUUGUCUGGGGGAAGGUACAUGGCUUUCCGUGGUGGCCUGGAAAGGUUUUGAGUAUUACUGUUGCGCGGAAAGACGAUGGUAUGUCACUUGCUCCACAAGCUCAUGUUGCAUGGUAUGGAUCAUCUACCUCAUCUUUAAUGCCUUGUGAUCAGCUUAGUCCAUUCUUAGAAACAUUCAAGACACGAUACAAUAAGAAAAAACGUGGUCCUUACAAGGAAGCAAUUAGACAAGCAACAUGUGAAGCGAGAAGGGAAGAACAACCAAUGUUAGCAGUAACGUCGUCUCCUCGAGAAGUUAAUGUUGUCUCAUAGUCAUUUUAAGAUAAAUGUCCUUGGUAAUGUUACCUGUGAUUGUACUUCGUAUUUGCCUUUGACUAAGAUUUGCAGGGGUUUAUUGUAUUUAAAUGUAAAUAAUUUCAUAUUUAUUUUAGAAAUUUACCCUGUGAGUAACACCAGUAUGAACACUUCUCAGUUCUUAGUCAUCACAUUAAAUGUGAACAUUUGCUUUGUUGUAAGAAAGAUAUUCAUGUAUAAUUUGUAUGUACAUAUAAAAAUCUAUUCUGUACAUACAUUUAAGAAAAAUAUGACACAUAAGAGAUGCAUGUUGCCGAUAUGAAUACAUAUAAAUGUAAUUAGAACAGUACAUUUGAAAGUUACUGUUCUUACUAUAUUACAUAUUUUUACAGACUUUUUUUUGUAAAAAAAGUGAUUUGCAUAUAUGGCAAAAUAAGGAAUUCUAAGAGCAAUUAUUAAUAAAAUGUUAACUAUUUUAUAUCAAUAUAGCACAAAUUUCACACCAAACAAGCAAUUUACGGAUGCCAAUGUAAAUGAAUAUAGUGCCUAUCUUUGCAAGAUAUUUGCUUUGUUGUCUACAGAAACAGAAAAACAUUUAUAAAACUGACUGAAAAUAUAGUGUAGAGUGGCUGUGUGUAACCACUGCCAUGUGAAUAGAAGUAAGUAACAUGGAAUACUUAACUGAAAGAUAGGUUUUUAUUCUGAUAUUGAAACAAUUGAAAUUACAUUCCACAUAGUUAAGUGUCAUUUUUUGUGAUAUUCCACACUUAAAAGUCAGUGCAAUAAUAUAAAGCAUUUGUGAUAUUUUCAUAAUUUCAACUUUUGUACCAAAAUAAUCUUUGUAAUAUGUAAUGUGCAUCAUGUCUUUUGAAAUAAGCAUUUUGUUGUUUUUUGUUUUGCCAUGUUUAAAAAAUUGAUGAAUACAUGUCAGCCAUUGUAUCCCUGAUACUACAGUGGGAACAUGAAUGACAAUGAUCUGUUUAGACACUCUUCUUCCAGUAUCCCAUGCAUUUAUGAGUAUGCACUGUAAUUACUUUCAUUGAGGGCACAGAAGUUAAAUGGACCACCAAAAGUGUUGCUUGUUUUAAAAUGUUUAAGUUUCCAUAGAUAUUUCUCAAAACUAAUAUCAACAGCUCUGAUGUAAAUUAUAUGCCCAUCUUUUGUUAAAAAUAGAUCUGGUUUUAAUUGUAAGGGUUUGAAGGAACAGCAGUAAUUCAAACUUUUUAGAUAUUUACUCUGGAGCUGUAGUGCAGGAAG